AUGUUCAAACCCGAGGUAAGGCACGAUGUUCCUCUCAUCCCUGUCGUCGGCGACGCCUUCUGCUUCCCUUACCUCGUUGACUUGACUGUCAAGAAGGGGAUCCUCGGCGUCACCGGAUUGCGCUUCGAUGUCUCCGAUGAUAACGGCGGCUCUCUCCUCGGAGUCCACGGGAAACUGUGGCAGUUCCGCCGGAAAAAACGAACCAUUUCCGAUCCAUCCGGCUUCCCGAUCCUCACUAUGCGCUCAAAGGCUCUUGCACUGAGAAAUGUGUGGUCUAUUUACAAAGGAGAGAGUUCAGAUGAAAAUGAUCUGAUAUACACUGUUCAAGAAUCUAAAGUUCUUCAGAUGAAAAUCAGACUUGAUGUUUUCAUGGCUGGCAACAGGGGAGAGAUCUGUAAUUUCCAUGUUAAGGGCUCCUACACUUCUCAGAACUUCAAAGUCUACAAAGGAGAUACUUUGAUUGCUGAGGUGAAGGAGAAAGUGAAGAUAGGUUACUUCUUUAAAGGCAUAGAGAAGUUUGAUGUAAGAGUGUAUCCUGGCGCCGACUAUGCUUUCGUUGUAUCGCUACUGGUGAUACUAAACGAUAUUGAUGGAGGGUCAUGAGUGCUUUGGUUUUAAUCCUUACAGGAAAAAAACACAUCGUGUAUGUGAAUUACAGUUUUGGACAGUGCUGACAAGGCUUUUGUUACAGAAUCUUGUAUGUAAGCGAGGCAGUUCCGUGAAUUUACAUGAAUGUGAAUAUGUGAUGGUCUUGGUCUAUAUUCUUGGCUGGAAAUGAACCCUUACUAUGUAUCAAAAGUGCAAAUCACAUAAAUGUAUGAAAUUGUUGAAUAGUAAGUGACAUUUUUGUUUUCAAAAAAAAAA